UCAACGAUCCAACCAACAAGUCAGUCAGUCAGUGUCAGCCCGUCGUCGUCGUCGCAGAUUCUCCUCGCCGGUCGUAUAUCGUUCAUGGUCCAGGUGGCGUCUCAGCAAAGCACAGCAUCCCCCAGAGUGAUACUAGCAGCAGCAGCGUCUCGCGAUCUCGAGCGGAAAAUUGGAGUGAAUUAAUUCGGCGCAAAAUCGCAAUUUGUCACCUUUAUGGAGUCUUCUAGCGUGGAAAUCAGACCGAGCAGAGCAGUUCAGAAGCAGUUAGGAAUUUCCCGUGGAAAACCGCAAGAUGGCGCCCAAAACGGCGACGGAAACAGAUGAGCACGUUGGCGCGAAAAAUAGCCACGUGGCGGCCACCAAGCGUCGCGUCAACCCGAACCUGGUACUGCUCAAGGUGUCCCUGUUUCUGAUCUUUGGCGCAACGUCGUCGCUGGUCCCGUACCUGACGGUGCACAUGCAAAGUCUCGGACUGACGGUGGCCGAAAUUGCAACCGUCUAUCUGACGCUGCUGGGGACGACCUGUCUGAGUCCGCCCAUCACCGGAUAUUUGGUUGAUCGAUUUGGCCGGUACAAACCGGUGCUGCUGGUGGCACUGGUGCUGAACAUUGUGUCCCAUCACGCGUUGGAUCAGUUUGUGCCGCGGAGGGCCACGACGGAGCUGAGGACUUUGGUUGCGAAGGAGUACGGGGGAAACGAGGCUGGGAGGGAGUUUGUGGCUCCCUCCUGCCUAACACUGUGCCCAGAACUAGCCGACCCAGAGAACACUUACAUCCAGUUCUGUUCACCAGAAGUAAAUGAGACCAGACAAAUUGAACUGACAUUCUUCAACGCAGCAGCUGACUCCCUCACCACAUGCGGCUUAGUAACUCUCGAAAACUGUACUCUAAAGAAAGUGAUCCAAAACCAUCUCAACGUAGAAUGCCGCCUCCCCCGUGUACCGGAGUACGAUCGGACCUUUUGGUACUACCUGCUGAUCCGAUUCUUUGCCACAACCAUGCUGACAGCCACCCUAACCAUAACCGAUCCCAUCGCGUUGACGAUGAUCGAACAACACGGGGGUGACUUUGGUCGCGAGAAGUUGUACUCCAGCGCUGGAAUGGCGAUCUUUACUCCGCUGACGGGACUGAUGAUCGACUACUACUCCAGCGGCACGGGCGAUACCAACUACAGGCCCGCAUUCUACACGUACGACGUUCUGCUGGGAUUGUCGCUGAUUUCGGUGGUGUUCCUUCCGGUUGGCCACAAACAGCCCUCGGAGAGCAUCAUGAAACAUCUGUUCAAGAUCCUGCGACUGCCGCACGUGCUGAUGUUCAUCUUCUUCCUGUUUUUCUUGGGAGCGUUUUGGGGCUUUAUCGAGAGCUAUCUGUUCGUGAUCAUGAAAGAGAUGGGCUCACCGAACUACCUGCUGGGACUGACCUACACCGUCGGAACGGUGGCCAGCAUUCCGAUGAUGUACCUGACGGGGCCGAUUACCCGGUGGGCUGGGCACGUGAAUCUGCUGGUGGUGGCGUUUCUGGCGCAUGCACUCAGGAUUCUGGGAUAUUCAUUUAUUGAUAACCCCUUCUGGUGCUUCCCGAUCGAGCUAAACGAGGCCAUCUCGUGCUACUUCAUGUGGGUCGUGGCCACCACGUACUGCGCCGUGCUGGCGCCGAACAACCUGGUGGCGACCCUCAUCGGAGUGUCCGGAAUGGUGCACUUUUGCCUGGGUAAAGGCGUCGGAUCGUUCGUGGGUGGUUUCUUGAUUGCGGAACACGGAACCAGGCUGGGCUUCCGGUACACCGGGUACAUUGCGCUGGUUUGUGGUGCCUGCUACAAGCUGCUGCAUCUGGUGUGGCUGAAAAAGUAUGAUAAACCGAGCAAGGAGGAGGCUGCUGAGCAUGAUCAGACCGUGCUGCAAACGAUGCUGGAGAAGAGAGUGUCGUUGGUCCCGGCAGGGGAACAGUUUGCGGGAUUGACUGAGAGUUCAAAGUCGGCUGCCUGAAUACUAGUGUAAUUAAAUCUUUCAAUUGUAGUAGAAUGUAGUGCAAUAAAUCAACAAUUUAGUUGUUUGAAACUA